UCUAAAUGGGUUCUAAAUGGGUCAUACUCGGGCGCCUCUUCAGUCCUUACCUCCAACGGUUUAACCGUUGGUAUGUUGGAAAACCCAGGGAUAGGCUCCCCAACCCAAGGUGAGCAUAUACACUCAAAACAAUGAAUGUAGCGCUGAAGUAACGUCAAUUUGAUACUAAUAGAGUUUCCUAUAGAAUGGCCACCACGGUCAUAUCCGUAUGACGAACGUCAUGCUUCUCCUGCAUAGGUAUUUAUGAAGUCUCGAUGCUUUCUACUUAUUCUGCUUCAACUUUCUGAACUAUAUCUCGGUUGUUUAUCGGAUUUACGCGGAGGAAAUGCGUCCAAUAAUGUCUCUGCACCUGUUCAUCGGGAGAAUCUUCUCGGACGAAUGGAUGACAAUACGAGCAGAUCACUCGCGACGAAUGUCCUUUGAUUUGCGUGAUCAUCUCAAACCAACAGUCUCAAUUUCAUGGCCCUGAGCCGGGGGCAAAUUCUCGCAUCUUGUUCUGGUCAUCUGGACUACUUUUUUUAAUAUGGUUUCUCGCCAUGGGCAAUAUAAAGAGGUCACACAGGGCUUCCACUUUCCGCAGAAAUUCGUAGUUUUAAGGACAACAUGCACUUCAUUAGCCUUGCUCUGCUCUCCGUUUUUGUUGCCGUUGCUUCGGCGCAAAAGACACUGACGGGGGCGUUCGAUUGUACAGCUGCUGGCGCAUAUACCUUGUGUCAGAACCAGUGGGGCGCUUUCGCCGGCGUGGGAUCGCAGAACUCAACCUUGUUGAGCUCAAGUGGAAAUGACGUCUCCUGGGCGACGAAUUGGACUUGGGCCAACGGUCCCAACAACGUCAAGAGUUAUGCCAAUGUCAUUCACAACACGGCCAAAGGUGUACAGUUGGGCAACAUUCAGUCCGCACUGACAAACUGGGUUUGGACUUAUCUCUCAGAGUCCGAGGGUAUCCGAGCCGACGUUUCUUACGACAUUUGGACUGGUGUCCCGCAGUCUGGUGAUCCGGCCACAAGUGCAUCCUCUUUCGAGAUUAUGAUCUGGCUAUCUGGUCUUGGCGGGAUACAACCAGUUGGCUCCCAGAUCCUGAGCAACCUCCAGAUUGCCGGACAUUCUUGGAACCUCUGGAAGGGUCCUAACGCCAAUUGGCAAGUUCUCUCGUUCGUCAGCGCAAACGGGGAAGUUAGGGACUUCGACGUCGACCUCAAUGAGUUCUUCAAGUAUUUGAUUGCUGAACAGGGCGUUGCUUCCACUCAGUUCUUACAAGCCAUCCAAACUGGAACGGAACCGUUUGUGGGCUCAGCUAGUCUCCUCAUCGAGAAUUUCAGCGUGGACGUUACUUCUUGAACUACGACCGAUGUUAGUAUUUUUGACAGGAUAACAAACGUCAUAUGAGCGGAUCUACAAAGAUAGUACUUAUCUGAGAGUCUCCGGGCAUGUAUCCAUAUGCUCCCG